ACAGAGUAAAACGUUAUCCAUAGGCCACAGCUUGCACGUAAGUAAGACCUAUACAUUAUUAUCGUUUAUUCGUUAUCCUUUUUUUCUCUCUUACUAAACCGUAUCUCUUCGCUUAUCUACAAGCAUUUAUGUAAUCCUCUCUUUCUUUCUAUAUAGAUAGCAAAACACACCUUAAUCAAAAAAAAAAAAAAAAAAAAAACUAGAACAAAACACAAAACAUCUCGACAAGAACUCUCUGUUCUGUUCUUAUCGUUCAAGAAACCUUUUCUUGUUUUCCUUUUGGUUAAGACUUAAAAAAAAAGAUCAAUUCAGAAUCCAAACAUAAUUGACAAAAGAAGCAGAAGAAAUGAUCAUUCGAGAUGGUAAUCUGAUUUCGACAACAAAAGAAGAAGGUGGUGUUGUAGGAGUUUCAAAAUCCUCGGAAAAAGAACCAUCUUCAUCUUCAUCGUCUAUCUCUAUUUAUUCAUCUGAUUUAACAGAGGAUGCUUCUUCUUCUUCUCCAAAUGGGCCUUUUGACGACCUAUCAGACCUAAUCUCUCAGCUCCCUUUCACCCACGUCAAGAAAGGAGGACUUUCAAAGUAUUAUAAAGGCAAAUCUCAGUCAUUCACAUCUCUAGCAACUGUCACAAGCUUACAGGAUCUUGUGAAGAGAGGAUCAAGAACGAAGUCAUGCUGCAAAAGGGAUUAUUUAUAUGGACCAAAGGCCACAAUCUCCAUGAAAGCCACAAGAACAUCCUCAAGUCAUUCCAAUUCAAGAUUAACUUUAAAACCAUUUCAUGAUUCACCAAAAUCAGUUCAAUGACAUGACAAAACAACCUUCUGGGUUCAAUUUAACAUUGUAUUCAUUUGUAUACAAGUUUGCCCAAGCUAAAUGAGAACAGAGAUAAUUUAGGGCUAAAUAACACCUUUUCACUAAUUGUGCAGAAAAAUUGUCAAAACGAGUAAAAAAACACUUGUCUUUUAGGUCGUU